UUAAAUAGUAAUUUUACAAGUCGGCGAAAGCUGUUUCCACAACGAAUAUAGACUUAGGUAAACGCAUUAAUACAUGUUAUAGAAUGACGAUGAAGGUAAAUUUACAAUAAGAUUCGAAACCGAAGCUGGGAAUUUGAUCUGUUUGCCACAGAAAACGCGCGAAAGAUUACCUCCACCCGAGUCGUUAUCACACUCGUUAUCAUACAAACACACAUUAUCACAAAUCUGUCUAGAAAAUUUUCGGCGUUGUCCUGCAGUUCGCGUUAUAAAACCUACAUUAAAUACAAAUUUUGUUGUUGUUAAUAAUUGAGAUUACUUUUUAUAUGCACUCGGACUUUCUUUGAAUUAUAACUAGUUACAUUUGAUUUAGCGCCAUAGAAACAACUUGUUUUCAUUAUUGUUGCUACGGGUCCGAUUCGUGAGAAUCUCUAGUUUUUAAUUUUAAUAUUGUUAAAUUUCAUGAUAAAUACCUAACGUAUUGCGCCGUGUUUCGUUAUUUCGUUUUAAUUUGCGUUACAAUUGAGUUUUGUCUUGCCUGUAAUUCAUUUAUUAUAAGUUUUUAGUAGCAGCCCUGGACGGCGGUUUACGUUUCUACGUUGUAGUUUGGAAGCUAUUUAAUAUGUUGAAAAUUAAACAUGAAAAUGAUGAAACAGAACAACACUCCUUUCAAGUCAUUGCACCCAGACCCUUAGAUGUGCAGUUCAAAAACAAUGAAAUUUCUACAAUAGAGGAGUAUUUGGUAAAGAAUGAAGUGGACAAUACUUAUGAAGUUUUGAAGCGACAUAAUGUGUUGAAAAUUAAACAAGAAACUGAUGAAACAGAAGAACACUCCUUUGAAAACUCGUUUGAAGUCAUUGAACCUAAACCGUUAAAUGUGCAGUUAAAAAAAAAUGAAAUUUCAACAACAGAGGAGAAUUUAGUAAAGAAUGAAGGUGACAAUACUCAUGAAGUUUUGAAGCAGUAUAAUAUGUUGCAAAUCAAACAAGAAAAUGAUGAAACAGAAGAGCAUUCCUUUGAAAAAUCGUUUGAAGUCAUUGAACCUAAACCGUUAGAUGUGCAGUUCAAAAACCAUGAAAUUUCAACAACAGAGGAGAAUUUAGUAAAGAAUGAAGGUGACAAUACUUAUGGUAUUAAUUUUCCGUGUAAUGCGACGGAUACCUCAAUUAAUACAAAAACCGUGGAUUGCAAUUUUAUUGAAACUAUAAAAAACAAUUCUGAGCAAAAUAUAUACAAAAUACGUCGGUUCGACUGCAACAUGUGUCAAAAGAGGUUUACAACCAAAAGUAAUAUAAUCCGGCAUAUUGCGCAAUCACAUUCCAGUACUUCCAUUGGAAAGAAAGCGCCUCAAAAAAAUAAUGUCAAUCAUCGAAACAAAAAUGGCCUCUAUAAUUGUGGCAUUUGUUUAAAAAGUUUUUCGUCAAUAUCAAGUCUGAGAAGACAUUGGCGCAUUCAUACGGACGAAAAGCCAUUUAAAUGCAAUGUUUGUGAAAAAACAUUUUGUCAACAGACUUCCCUCAAAAGUCAUAAAAGUAUACAUACCGGCGAAAAACCCUUCAAAUGCAAUAUCUGUGAAAAAACAUUCGGUCACCAGUCUUCCCUCUACAAUCAUAAAAGUAUACAUACCGGCGAGAAACCCUUCAAAUGCAAUACCUGUGAAAAGACAUUUGGUCACCAGUCUUCCCUCAAAAUUCACAAAAGGAUACAUACCGGUGAAAAGCCCUUCAAAUGCGAUGUCUGUGGAAAAACAUUCGGUGUUCAGUCUUUACUCAAAACUCACGAAAGGAUACAUACCGAAGAGAAACCUUUUAAAUGCAAUGUGUGUGCAAAAACAUUCAGACAACAACCUCACCUCAACAAUCAUAAAAGGAUACAUACCGGAGAGAAACCCUUCAAAUGCGAUGUCUGUGGAAAAACAUUUGGUGUUCAGUCUUCACUCAAAACUCACGAAAGGAUACAUACCGAAGAGAAACGUUUUAAAUGCAAUGUGUGUGCAAAAACAUUCAGACAACAAUCUCACCUCAACAAUCAUAAAAGGAUACAUAUUGGUGGGGUACGAUAUAAAUGCUCCGCCUGUGAAAAAUCGUAUGGUCACCAAGAUUCACUCAAAAGGCAUCAAGCAAAAGUACACGACUCAUAUAUUAAUUUUCCGUGUAAUGCGACGGAUACCUCAAAUAAUACAAAAACCAUGGAUUGCAAUUUUAUUGAAACUAUAAAAAACAAUUCUGAGCAAAAUAUAUACAAAAUACGUCGGUUCGACUGCAACAUGUGUCAAAAGAGGUUUACAACCAAAAGUAAUAUAAUCCGGCACAUUGCGCAAUCACAUUCCAGUACUUCCAUUGGAAAGAAAGCGCCUCAAAAAAAUAAUGUCAAUCAUCGAAACAAAAAUGGCCUCUAUAAUUGUGGCAUUUGUUUAAAAAGUUUUUCGUCAAUAUCAAGUCUGAGAAGACAUUGGCGCAUUCAUACGGACGAAAAGCCAUUUAAAUGCAAUGUUUGUGAAAAAACAUUUUGUCAACAGACUUCCCUCAAAAGUCAUAAAAGUAUACAUACCGGCGAAAAACCCUUCAAAUGCAAUAUCUGUGAAAAAACAUUCGGUCACCAGUCUUCCCUCUACAAUCAUAAAAGUAUACAUACCGGCGAGAAACCCUUCAAAUGCAAUACCUGUGAAAAGACAUUUGGUCACCAGUCUUCCCUCAAAAUUCACAAAAGGAUACAUACCGGUGAAAAGCCCUUCAAAUGCGAUGUCUGUGGAAAAACAUUCGGUGUUCAGUCUUUACUCAAAACUCACGAAAGGAUACAUACCGAAGAGAAACCUUUUAAAUGCAAUGUGUGUGCAAAAACAUUCAGACAACAACCUCACCUCAACAAUCAUAAAAGGAUACAUACCGGAGAGAAACCCUUCAAAUGCGAUGUCUGUGGAAAAACAUUUGGUGUUCAGUCUUCACUCAAAACUCACGAAAGGAUACAUACCGAAGAGAAACGUUUUAAAUGCAAUGUGUGUGCAAAAACAUUCAGACAACAAUCUCACCUCAACAAUCAUAAAAGGAUACAUAUUGGUGGGGUACGAUAUAAAUGCUCCGCCUGUGAAAAAUCGUAUGGUCACCAAGAUUCACUCAAAAGGCAUCAAGCAAAAGUACACGACUCA